CCUCUCUCCCUCCUUCUCCGCGCCCCGCCUUUCCCCGGUCUCCUCAACCCCUCUAGUUCCUUCCCCGCCUCGCCACCUUCCACGAUCUCGCGAGACUUGGCCCAGAACAUUGCGGAUCGGGUCGGCGCCAUUUUGGGACUGAGACUGGUUGUGGGGGAGGGAAAAGCGGCAAAAGGGGAUUAUUCAAAGUACCGAAAACCUUCUCCCGGGAUCGAGCGCGGCGGCACCCCCAGGCCAGGGGCACCUCUGGUGCGGCAGAAGGUGAUUGAAUUACUCAGAUAUGAAGAUCAUCUUCUAGGUUUUGUGUAAAAGGCCCCGGAUAUUUUAAGUGGCCAUUUUGGAUUUACAAUGUUUUUGGAUAAUUUUGCCCCAGAAGUUUAUUAAAAUUGUCAAGAAUCGUCUAUGAAGUGAAUUGAUAGUAGUGAACAAUUCAGCAAGCCACUUAAAAAGAGACCCAGGCAGCAUUUCUUCAGUAUUUUGGUUCAAACGGAUUAUAUAACUGGUUACAGUAUUUCAGCUGCUGAUUUUUUUUUUUGCCUUUCCCCUCCCCCACUCCGUUGUUGGGGUUCUUCAGCCGAAACUGUGAGAGACGUUGAUUUGUGUACUGAGUAGUUGCAGCAGUUUCAAAUCACAGUAUUGCUGAAGUUUCAUGGCAGUUUAUUUUUACCUUUAUUGAAAGUUUUAGGAAUUUUUGACUUCAGCCCUGUCAUGUCACAAUGGGACACUUUUUCUAAAUGAAGACAUUGAAAGAAUCCACAGUUUUUUUCCUUUUAUCUUUUAUUUACGUGGAAAUUUAAGAUGUUGCAGUUUCCCAACAGCAUGGUAGUAUUGAGAUAGCUAUGUAUGUCUCUGUAAAUGCUGAUGUUUAGGAAUGCUCUUCAGAUGUGAAAUUUUCUUUUUGUUUCUGCUUUUUGGCUCAUAAAUUGGAUAUUUCAUCUAGAGUGGACAAGUACAGCAGUGGCAAGUACAUGGAAUAAUACAGAAGACUGAUCUUAAAUCUAAAGAACUUGGCUAAUUCGGGAAAUAGCCAUAUGAAAACUUUAAAACAGAAGUAUGGGUAGCUGACUUGAAGUAACUCUAUGUCAAAUAGUCGUAGGUUAAAUAUCUUCAAAGAACUUCGAUAUUAUUUCAGAGGAUACAAAAUAAAAAUACAAACUGGAAAACAUAAAGAUUACAGAGAAAAAACCAACACCUUCCUGUGCAGUCCUGUUGGAAUUUGGACUUGCCAUGAGGUGUUGAAGGCUUGUUUCACUGAGUUGGAGAGACUGGACCUAAAUGGCGCAGCAUGACUUUGCUCCAGCCUGGCUUAAUUUCCCUACUCCACCAUCAUCAACAAAGUCGUCAUUGAAUUUUGAGAAACAUUCUGAAAACUUUGCAUGGACAGAGAAUCGUUAUGAUGUGAAUCGUCGACGACACAACUCUUCAGAUGGUUUUGAUUCUGCUAUUGGACGUCCUAAUGGAGGUAAUUUUGGAAGGAAGGAAAAAAAUGGAUGGCGUACACAUGGAAGAAAUGGUACGGAAAACAUAAAUCAUCGUGGGGGAUACCAUGGUGGGAGUUCCCGUUCUCGUAGCAGUAUUUUCCAUUCUGGAAAAAGCCAUGGACUACAUGAAAACAACAUACCUGACAAUGAAACCGGGAGGAAAGAAGACAAGAGAGAACGCAAACAGUUUGAAGCUGAGGAUUUUCCAUCUUUAAAUCCUGAAUAUGAGAGAGAACCAAAUCACAAUAAAUCUUUAGCUGCAGGUGUGUGGGGCCUACACGCCCAGACACACACAUACCCAACCAAAAAAAUCUCCCAAGCUCCUCUCUUAGAAUAUCCUCCGAAUCCUAAAUCUAGAGCUCCAAGGAUGCUGGUCAUUAAGAAAGGUAAUACAAAAGACUUACAGCUGUCUGGAUUCCCAGUAGUAGGAAAUCUUCAGUCACAGCCAGUUAAGAAUGGAACUGGUCCAAGUGUUUAUAAAGGUUUAGUCCCUAAACCUGCUGCUCCACCUACAAAACCUACACAGUGGAAAAGCCAAACGAAAGAAAAUAAGGUUGGAACUUCUUUCCCUCAUGAGUCUACAUAUGGUGUUGGCAACUUUAAUGCUUUUAAAUCAACUGCCAAGAAUUUUAGUCCAUCAACAAAUUCAGUGAAAGAGUGUAAUCGUUCAAACUCCUCUUCUCCUGUUGAUAAACUUAAUCAGCAACCUCGUCUAACCAAACUGACACGAAUGCGCACUGAUAAGAAGAGUGAAUUUUUGAAAGCAUUGAAAAGAGACAGAGUAGAAGAGGAACAGGAAGAUGAAAGCCGUGCUGGCUCAGAGAAGGUAAUUUAUCCUCUCCUUUUCAGAUUGUUAAAGGAAAUGGGCUGGCAGGAAGACAGUGAAAAUGAUGAAACAUGUGCUCCCUUAACUGAGGAUGAAAUGAGAGAAUUCCAAGUUAUUAGUGAACAGUUACAGAAGAAUGGUCUUAGAAAAAAUGGUAUUUUGAAGAAUGGCCUGAUCUGUGACUUCAAGUUUGGACCCUGGAAGAACAGCACUUUCAAACCCACAGUUGAGAAUGAUGACACAGAAACAAGUAGCAGUGACACAUCAGAUGACGACGAUGUGUGAAAGAUUUCCUAACAGCUUUAGAAAUCUUAGUGUGAUACAUCUCUCAUACAGUUUGGGGUGAAUUGUAAAAAUGAAGAACUAUAAUUUAUGUAGUGAAAUACCCCAUUAGAAGAGGAUUUUUUGGGGGACUUCAAUAUGAAGAAAACCAAGAAUGUUUUGUUGGGCUGUGUUGAACAUUAUUUCUUUGUAAAUGAAUGUUGUAGGAAUGAGGACUUUGGUUGGUCCAGCAUUGACUUUCUUCAUCACUGCAACAUUUCUCUGACUAGCAAUGUGACGAUGUAACAAAUGAGAUUUUCUCAUUUAAUAAUAAAAAAUUGUGUAAUGUUUUGCAAAGCUUCUGUCUUAAAAUGUCCAGGUCUUAAGAAAAAAGGCAGCUUACACUGUUGUGCUUGCAGAGUCUAUCUUUUUCGUACAAUGGAAAUCCUCAAGUCCACUUUGUGCGGCCCCCCUCUCCUCCCUCCACAAAAAACAGAAAAACAAAAAACCAAAAAGGAAAAUGUAGCAUGUUAGCUAAAACUGGAGCAAAGUGCACUAAAACAAUUUCCUGAACUCAGCUGUUGUACUAUUCACCUUUUAAAACAUAAUGCUCUUUAGCCAUUUGUAGUCUAGUAAAUGUUACAGGAAAGACUUGCCACAUUUUCUUCCAAAUUUUAAGAGGUGAUUUUCAAAAGCUUUAUUUGGGUAUGUUGUCAGACCAGGGUUUUCAGAGUUGAUAGAAAAGAGUCUUGUGGGAAAACUUAUUUUGAUAAAUUACUACACAUGCAGAAAAACUGAUCACACUGACUGGAUCUGUCCACGACAUGGAAAAUAAACUGGAUUUUCAGAA